AUGGACUUCGUCACUCACCUACCUUCCUCUCAUGGCAAAACAGUAAUCUGGGUCGUUGUUGAUAGAUUCUCCAAGUAUGCCCAUUUCCUUCCACUGCCCCCAAAAUUCACUGCUGCAAGCAUAGCUCCAAUUUUCAUUGCUGAGAUCUACAAGUUACAUGGAAUGCCAAAAUCAAUUGUGAGUGAUAGAGAUAAGGUGUUUACAAGUCGGUUCUGGAAAGAAUUGUUCAAAAUUAGUGGAACAUCUCAUGUUACAGGGGUGGAUGAACUCGUUUCGCAGAGACAGAGCAUGCUGAAUAUCAUCAAAGAAAAUCUUACCAAAGCACAGCUUCGCUUGCGUUCCCAAGCUGACUCGCAUAGGCAGGAGCGCAUAUUUAUGGAAGGAGAGUGGGUGUGGCUGAAGCUACAACCUUAUCGCCAAUCGUCACCCCGGGAUCAGACUUCUCCCAAAUUGGCUAAACGAUUUUUUGGCCCAUACCAAAUCAAAAGAGUAAUUGGUACAAUUACUUAUGAAUUGAUGUUGCCACCGGAAUCUCGCGUACACCCCGUUUUCCAUGUUUCCAAACUGAAGCCGUUUCAUGGUUCCCCUCCUCUCAACACACCACCGCUGGAUACUACUGUUACGGAAACGAUGGUUCAAUUACAACCAUCUCAGGUUUUGGGACGUCGUACCAUUCACUCUCUAAUCGGUCAUAUUACUCAACUUCUGGCUCAGUGGGUCGGAUUACCCGCUCUAGAGGCAACAUGGGAAGAUUACACCACUUUGGUCCAAAACUACCCAAACCUGAACCUUGAGGACAAGGUUCUCUCUGAUGGGGUUGGCAAUGAUACAAAUAUGCAAGGCCCAAUAUCUACAAUUGGACCCAAUGAUAGUGAGCCUCAGUCCACUAGGGGGAAAAGAGUUAGAAAAGAGCCCAAAUGGUUGGAAGAAUACUCUAGGAAAUGA